AUGGAGGCUCUACUGAGGCAAUCCCGCUCCAUGUGCCCCUUCCUCAACAAGACAUCUCCCGCCACCCUUCGAUCCCUCUCCACCACCACUCGCCAUGUUUCUCCCGGUGGAGGAACCAUGUCCAAUCUCCAGGUCCUCGCUCGUCGCUGCCCUGUCAUGGGCAAGGCAAUGAAUGCCCAGGCUGCAAAGACCGGCACCAAUCCUUUAAAUGGCGUCUUUGGUGGGGUCCGGGCCUACGGUGGGAAGGCAAAGAUCCAUACUUCGAGGCCUCAGAAAGCGUCCGUGGCAUCUGACACUUUGAGGGAUAAGUUGCAUGUGCCUAUCCAUCAUACCCAGAAGCCGAAAACCAAGGUCCAACCAGAAGCUGUCGCUCCAGGUCCAAAACCUGCGGCUCCAAAACUGGCCACAUUCGACUAUGAAGGCUUCUACAACACCGAGCUGGACAAGAAGCACAAAGACAAAUCCUAUCGUUACUUCAACAAUAUCAAUCGCCUCGCUCAAGAGUUUCCUCAAGCCCACAUGACAACCCGGGACGAGCGCGUCACGGUCUGGUGUUCCAACGACUACCUAGGCAUGGGCCGCAACCCGGAAGUUUUGAAGACGAUGCAUGAAACUCUGGAUACCUACGGUUCCGGCGCGGGAGGGACCCGCAACAUCUCCGGUCACAACCAACAUGCCGUAGCCCUUGAAUCGACCAUUGCCCGCCUGCACGCGCAGGAAGCAGCUCUAGUCUUUUCCUCCUGCUACGUCGCCAAUGAUGCCACUCUCGCUACUUUGGGUAGCAAACUCCCAAAUUGCGUCAUCCUCUCCGACAGCAUGAACCACGCUUCUAUGAUCCAAGGCAUCCGCCAUUCUGGCGCCAAAAAGCUCGUCUUUAAACAUAACGAUCUUGCAGACCUAGAAGCCAAGCUUGCUUCUCUACCCCCAGACGUCCCUAAGAUCAUCGCUUUUGAGUCUGUUUACAGCAUGUGUGGUUCUAUUGGACCUAUCGAGGAGAUUUGUGACCUUGCCGACAAAUACGGCGCUAUUACCUUUCUAGAUGAAGUUCAUGCUGUGGGCAUGUACGGACCACACGGCGCUGGCGUUGCAGAACACCUAGAUUAUGAAGCCCAUGUCGCUGGUCGACCAAAGGGCACGAUUAUGGAUCGCAUCGACAUUAUAACCGGCACUCUCGGAAAGGCCUACGGAUGCGUUGGUGGCUAUAUCGCAGGCUCAGCCAAGAUGGUCGAUACCAUUCGCUCGCUCGCACCUGGCUUCAUCUUCACCACUUCCCUCCCACCUGCGACGAUGGCAGGCGCGAAGACAGCGAUUGAGUACCAAAUGGACUUCCAAGGCGAUCGCCGCUUGCAACAAGUGCAUACUCGCUCGACUAAGCAGGCUUUGGUCGAAAAGGGUAUACCAGUCAUGCCAAACCCAAGUCAUAUCAUCCCGGUCCUCGUCGGCAACGCGGAGCUCGCUAAACAAGCGUCCGACCUGCUGUUGAAAGAUUGGGGCAUCUACGUUCAAGCCAUUAACUACCCUACCGUUCCUGUCGGCGAAGAACGCCUCCGCUUCACCCCUACGCCUGGCCACGUCGAGAAGUACCAAACAGAGCUGGUAAUAGCCUUGGACGCGGUCUGGAACCAGCUCAGUAUCAAAAGGACAGCUGAUUGGGCAGCGCAAGGUGGCUUUAUAGGUGUAGGGGUUGAUGCGGAAGCAGUGGAGCCGUUGUGGACAGAUGAGCAGCUGGGACUCCACAGCCGAGCCGAGAGAGCAGGCCUCAGAGUGCUGGAGGAAGAGAAGGCGAUUCAGGGCUCUAUCGACGAGAUGGGUGAGCUUCCCCGUGCCGUGGCAGCCGCCGCUUGA